GCCUCUUGUAUAUUCAUUACAAUAAAAUCUAACUUACUUGGAACAAAAACUCCAAGCUAACAAUGCUGUUUAGCUUUUCCAUCAACCUUAAGCGAGAGUUGGCAAAAUGAUGUUUUUAUCUAGUUCAUAUGACAAAUUCUUUCAGAGUCUAAUCAUUCAAGCUUAUGGCCAUGGCAAUUUCUUUGCUCUCUUCCUUUUUCACUCAAGCUCUAUUUUUCUUGGUUCUUGUAUUUUUCUCCACCUAUGUCACAGCACAAGCUCCACCCGGCACAAAUUUUUCAUGCCCUGUUGAUUCACCGACCUCAUGUCCUACUUAUAUUAGUUACCUUGCCCAGCCACCAGAUUUUUUGGACCUCGGAAAGAUUUCUCAUCUAUUUGGGAUCAGUCGUACGCUAAUAGCAAGUGCCAGUAACCUGGUGUCUGAGGACACCCCAUUAUUUCCAAAUCAACUCUUGCUUGUACCUAUACGUUGUGGUUGCACUGGUAGCCAAUCUUUUGUCAAUAUCACCUACCAAAUCCAGCAAGGUGAUAGCAUCUACUCGGUUUCAACUAUUUCAUUUGAGAACCUCACCCGUUGGCAAGAGGUGGAAGCUUUGAACCGCAGUCUGACUCCAACCCUCUUGCAUGCUGGUGACGAGGUUAUAUUUCCUCUGUUCUGUAAGUGCCCUUCAAGGACUCAUUUGGAGAAUGGGAUUGAACAUCUCAUUACUUAUGUGUGGCAACCUGGUGAUGAUCUCAAGAAAGUAGCUGCUAUGCUUAAUGCAUCUGAACGUAAUAUUGUGAUUGAAAACAACUAUGAUAACUUUAAUGCUGCAGUCUAUAACCCGAUAGUGAUCCCUGUGUCCAAGUUACCAGUUCUCUCUCAACCAUACCUCACUCCUGAAAGAAGAGGAUCUAAGCAUCUUUGGAUUGUCAUUGUUGCUGCAAGCAUAGCAAGCACUUUUUUUACCUGUCCUUUGGUUGCUUUUCUGAUCCACAAGCGUUGUUCAUAUAAGGCAACCAAAGCUUUGGAUCGUACUGGUUCCUGUUUGGAGACCAGCGAUGUCAUUCAAACGAAGGAACCUGUGAAAUUUGAGAGUUUUGAGGCAAAGAUCAAGCCGGAUAAGCUGCUUCCAGGGGUUUUAGGUUGUCUGGACAAGUCAAUCAUUUAUGAGGUUAAAGCAAUUAUGGAGGGAACCAUGGAUCUACACGAACACUACAAGAUAGGAGGAUCAGUAUAUAGGGCCAACAUCAAUGGCUGUGUCUUAGCAGUGAAGAAAACCAAGGAUGAUGUCACGGAAGAGCUAAAGAUUUUGCAGAAAGUCAGUCAUGCAAAUCUGGUGAAACUAAUGGGGAUGUCAUCUGAAUCUGAUAGAGAAGGCAAUCGCUUCUUGGUCUAUGAAUAUGCAGAAAACGGGUCACUGGACAAGUGGUUGCAUCCCAAGUCUGAAUCUUCCUCAAGCUCCGUGGGUUUCCUCACUUGGAAGCAAAGGAUGCAAGUAGCACUAGAUGUGGCCAACGGCCUGCAAUACUUGCAUGAACAUACUCAACCAAGAACCGUUCACAAGGAUAUUCGAACGAGUAAUAUUCUUCUCGAUUCCACAUUUCGGGCAAAGAUAGCAAAUUUCUCAAUGGCUAGAGCUGCCACAGACUCGAUGAUGCCUAAAGAUGAUGUAUUUGAUUUUGGAGUUGUUUUGUUAGAGUUGCUUUCUGGAAAGAAGGCCAUGGUAACCAAAGAAAAAGGCGAGAUUGUUCUGUUGUGCAGGGAAAUAAAAGAUGUCUUGGAAAUGGAAGAGAAAAGAGAGGAGAGGUUAAGAAAGUGGAUGGAUCCCAACUUGGAGAGAUUUUAUCCCAUUGAUAGUGCCAUGAGCUUGGCAACCUUGGCUAGGUUGUGCACACUGGAAAAGUCUUCAGAAAGGCCAAGCAUGGCAGAGAUUGUCUUUAACCUCACAGUUCUCACCCAGUCAUCUCCAGAGACAUUAGAAAGGUGGACUUCUGAGGUGGAAACGGAAGAUUUUACUCGGCUCGUCAGCCCUGUCACAGCUCGUUGAUUUAGCAUGGAAGUAACAGGACAGACAAGUCCAUGUAGAACUUUUCCUACUAAUAUUUCAUGCUUUAAAAAUCCUUGUACAUUAGCCCUUUUUCAGUUUUGGUUAUGGAUUGUUUUAUUGUGCGGAUAAAAGAAA